AAGCAAAUCGCUCCGAAGCGCGCCAAAACGAAACAGAAAAGUGUCAGCAAACUCUUAUUUUGUAAAGCCCGUCCAAGCGAAAAACGCGCGCGCGCGAAUUCAGAAAAAAAGAAGAAACACAACACAAUACCGUAAAACGGCUACGUGCUAAAUAAAAUACAGAAAUAAAUGCAAAUACGGGUUUAAAUGUGCAGCUACCGCGUCAAAUAUUAGUGCCCAACUUUACCCCUCUUUCGCGUUGUGCCAAAGAAAAGAAAAGAAAAGCAUUAGCACAAAACUAAAAUAAAUUUUAAAUAUAUUAGACGCGUGCGUGUUUGUGCAUACAUUAUAAUCCGUUUUUAAUGUUUUAACGCGAGUGGACAAAAAGUGAAAUGAAUACCAGUUAGAAAUGUGACUAAAAUCACUAAACGAAUUUACUUGAAAAAGAAUCAACAAAAGAAAAGCAAAGGAAGCAUACCAAAAGGAAUCUAACCAGUGCAGUAAGAGCGAGCCCGAGCUCACAAGGCAGCCGUCACACAAGGCGAACAGCAAAGCGAUCGAGCUAAAAGGCAGUGCUCAACGGUUAAUUGAGUUGAGGCGAGUGAAGGCGAAGAAUUGGUUAACAAGAUGAGCGUCAUCGAUAGCGGCAAGUAUCGCCUGCGCAAGGACUGGGCCAGUGCCUCUAUACCGUCAUUGGUCAACAUCGAUGAGCAUGUGGAUGGCGAUGGCGAGCCCGAGAAUAGCAUGAAUAUAACAGCGCCCCUGCCGCCACAGAAGCCGCCACGCCGCAGCUCGCUGGCCCUGGGUCUCUUCUCCAGCAAGUCGGACAAGAGCCAAAAGCGACGCAGCUCCAUUGCCGUCUCGUUUCUGCGGCGUGAUAGCAAUAAGAACUCUACCAAAGACUCCUAUGAAUCGGCUGUACGCAGCGAGAAAUCAGAUGGCUCAGCCACACCCACCAACAGUCCCGAGAUAGUGUAUAGCUCGGAGGAGAAUAUACGAGCCAGCUCACCCAACGAGCCCGGCAAAUUGACCUAUUUUGAGGAUGGAACACAGACGCGUGCUGUCGUUCAGGGCAUCAAUCCCUAUGAUACGCCCAACGAUCGCCAACGGCGACGUCGCAGCUCGCUGCAGACAAAAUUAGAUCGGCACAGACGCAAGAAAAUGGAGUUUAUCAAUCAACGGAGCCUGGACUCCAACAUGACACACAGCGAGUCGCAAAGCGACCUGACCAAUGACAGUAUGGGGGCAAAUGGAGCCAAUAAUGCCAGCAGCGAUAUCGCCAGCUAUGCGAAUGACGAUGAUGAGGACGACAUUGUCGAUCCCAAUCAUGUUGAGUACUUUCCGCGCGAGAAGCGCCACUCCUGGUGGAAUAUAUUUGUGCCCGAUAACUUCAAGAACAGGUCACGUAGGGCUAGUCAAGAUGUUUCCAGUUUGUCGCGUAGCGUUGACAACUUGGCGAUUCCCGUGCGCAGGAGCAAAUCGCGCAGUGUGGAUCAUGGCCUUGCGGCCCCAUUCGAUUUGGAUUCGUUGCGUUCAAAAGUUGAGCAGCGAUUUGAGAGCGUCGACAAACUGUCAAGGCAAAAGUCUUCAUUGCCCACCAUACCCACCAUUUCCUAUACUGUGGGAAAUCGCGACACACUAACAUCGGUGGCGGCACGUUUUGAUACCACGCCAUCGGAGCUAACACAUUUGAAUCGGCUGAACAGCUCGUUUAUAUAUCCGGGGCAGCAGCUGCUGGUGCCCGAUAAGAGUGCCAAAGACGAUGCCUCCACCAGUUCCUCUGGCACGAUUGAUGGCGGGGGCGGGGGCGGCGGCAGUGUCUCCGGCAAAUCCAGUCCAAUUGAGCGCAAGUUUUCUGGCGAUGAGAGCAAGCAGGAGAAAGAUAUUCUUGAGGGCCUGCGCCCAGGAUCGCCCAAGCCAGGACACAUUGAGCGCGUUGUGGGCAACAGCAGCGUUGGCAACAACCAGGCCGAGGAGAAUGCGGACAAGAGCGAUGAUCCCGUGAUUACGCAGCGCUUUCUCAAGAUUAAUGUACGCCACAUUACAGAUGGCCAGGGUGUUGUCGGUGGCGUUCUCUUGGUCACACGCAACGCUGUCAUGUUUGAUCCAAAUGUCAGUGAUCCGCUGGUCAUUGAGCAUGGCCCAGAAAGCUAUGGGGUCAUAGCACCCAUGGAUCUGGUUGUAAAUGCAGCCAUAUUCCAUGACAUAGCGCACAUGCGUGUGGCUGGUGGUGCCGGGCCGAGUGUGGCUGCAGCGUCUGCUAGCGCCGGCAGUGAUGCAGAGAAGCCCGAAAUCUAUUAUCCCAAACCAGUAUUAGUUGAGGAAGAUUCCAAGGAGUUGCCCGAACAGCAGGAGGACAUGGACGUCAACAAGCAACGCUUGGAGGCCGAAAUUGGUUCACUGGAGAUCACCGAUGAUCAGGAGUCACUAUGUUCCAGCACUGGUCGCGAUGGCGAUGCCUUCCCGAAGGCCUUUGAGCGCGAUCGUGUUGAGGAUACAUCAACGGAUGCCAAAGAUAGCGCUAAGACUGACGCUCAGGAUGAGGACGAGGAUAAGAAAACGCUAGGCCUGACCAACACACGCAGUACGCUGGAGGAGCGACGCAAGAGUCUAUUGGAUCACCACUGGGCCAUACCCAGCAAAGAUCGCUAUUGUUUGUCUAAUUCCCGAAGAUCAUCGGAAGACGAGGCCGACAACGAGUCCAACAUAACCAUAGACAGCGGCGCACGGGUCCAGGACCCACAGUCGACAGCGAGCUCGGUUAGCGGCGAUGCCAAAGGAGCCAAAGGAGGUGGUUCCGCUGCAGCUGCUGCGGCGGCUGCGGCUGCGGCUGCUGUUGCUUCUGCAUCUGGCGCUGUGGGUGGUCUGGUGCCGGGAAUGCUGCCGCCAUCUGGCAUUGAUUUGGAGCUUCUGGAGGAGCUGUCGAAGCAGUCCUGCUACGACUCGGGCAUCGAUAUUCGCGAACCCAUACCCACAAUACAGCCGAUACCAAAGAAAACCGUAUACAGUGACGCUGACAUCGUGCUCAGCUCAGACUGGGUGCCGCCGAAGACCAUUGUACCCACGCAUUUCAGCGAGUCACCGCCACGUAGCACCAUUUUUGGCCAGAGUCUCGACGCUGGCGGCGCUCGCAAGAAGACCUCCAGCGUGAGUUUCAGCGUUGACGACGAGGCAGCACAGCAGGCACAGGCAGCCGCAUCGGCAGCUGCGGCAGCGAGCGGCGACAAGCAGGGGGAUAAGAAAAAUAAGAUGCUAAAACGUCUGUCAUAUCCAUUGACUUGGGUGGAGGGCCUAACUGGCGAGGGCGGCGCACCGCCUGCCCCGGGCAGCGGCCUGAACAAGUCGGCGGACACAGAUUCGGCGCCCAACACGGGUGACUCCAACCAGAGUGUAUUUUCGAAAGUAUUCUCAAGCUCGCCCAUCACUCUGGUAUCAGAGCUGGGCGGCAACUUGUUUUCGAAAACACCGUCCGAAGAAUCUGGUGGGUCGCCAGUGCCGCCACUGACUCCACACUCGACACAUUCCGAGGGUCACAUGACCUAUGGGCGCUCCUCUAUUGGCACUUUUAUACGCCCACACUCCUCGGAGGGUACUGCGUCCAGCACGAAGCUGAAGGAGGCCAAACAGCCGCCGCCCAAGCUGGACUACCGUUCCAUGGUCUCGAUGGAUGACAAGCCGGAAUUGUUUAUCAGCGUGGACAAGCUUAUACCGCGUCCCGCACGCGCCUGCUCUGACCCACCUUUGUAUUUCCGCCUGCGCAUGGGCAAGCCCAUUGGCAAGGCAAUACCACAGGGCACCACAGUCAUGUCCUAUGGCAAAAACAAGCUGCGCGCCGAAUAUUGGUUCAGUGUGCCCAAAAAUCGCGUUGACGAGCUCUAUCGUUUCAUAAACACCUGGGUGAAACACCUGUACGGUGAAUUGGACGAAGAGCAAAUAAAGGCGCGCGGCUUUGAGCUAAUCCAGGAGGAUACCGAAUGGACAAAGAGCGGAGUCAUUAAGGCAAGCGGCUACAGCGACAGCCAGGAUGGCGAGGAAAUUGGCGAUCUCACCCGCGAGUCCUGGGAGGUGCUGUCUAUGAGCACAGAUGAAUAUCGCAAGACCUCGCUCUUUGCAACCGGUUCCUUCGACCUGGACUUCCCCAUACCAGAUCUAAUUGGCAAAACAGAGAUACUCACAGAAGAGCAUCGUGAAAAACUAUGCGCACAUUUGCCGGCGCGCGCCGAGGGCUAUUCCUGGUCCCUAAUCUUUAGCACAUCGCAACAUGGUUUCGCCCUCAACUCGCUGUAUCGCAAGAUGGCGCGACUGGAGAGUCCAGUUUUGAUUGUUAUAGAGGACACAGAGCACAAUGUAUUUGGUGCCCUGACCUCUUGCUCGCUGCAUGUGUCUGAUCAUUUCUAUGGCACCGGCGAAUCCCUGCUCUACAAAUUUAAUCCCAGCUUCAAGGUAUUCCAUUGGACUGGCGAGAAUAUGUACUUCAUAAAGGGCAACAUGGAGAGCCUUUCAAUUGGCGCUGGCGACGGUCGCUUUGGCCUGUGGCUGGACGGAGAUCUGAAUCAGGGCCGAUCGCAGCAUUGCAGCACAUAUGGCAACGAGCCAUUGGCACCACAAGAAGACUUUGUUAUCAAAACACUCGAAUGCUGGGCAUUUGUUUAAGUGGAUUUGUGUUGAGAACGCGUUCUCGAUGAAGAGCGAAGCCUACCUAUUUAAUUAAUUGAUAAUAUAAUAUAUAUAUAUAUAUCUAUCUAUAUGUAUGUGUACUACAACUAAAACCAACAACAAUAACAAACAACCUGAGAAUGAUAUCAAAAUCUAACGCGUGUCUAAACAAAUAAUAAAUAUAAACAAAAACAAAAACAAAAACAAAAACAAAAAACAUAUAAUCACACAGAAACACAAAGACGAGAAUAAUUGAGAGCCUAACCUUAACUUCGGAUGCAAUUGAAAGCUUCUAAAAAAUGUCUGUGAGCAAGAAGAAAAUUGCUAUAUGCGUUAAAACGUAUUAAUUAUUUAGUUUUUAUAUUAUAUAUUAUUAAACAAGAGGUAACUAAAUUAUGUAGUAGAUUUAACAAGUGAGAAAUCGGCAAAACAAAACAAAACAAAA